CUCCUAGGCUCUGAUUGAGCAAAGAGCCGGCCCAUAUAACCAAUAACCUAGGCGAUUGUUGGCCUGGUGUCGUUACCUCGAGGAGCGAGCGGGGUUUCAUUGUAAGGAAGUUUGUAGCACGGAGAACGGGGAAAUGAGGGGUGAACGAGGACGUGGCCGGGGGCGCUUUGGCUCCAGAGUUGGUCCCGGCACAGGUUUCAGGCCUUUUGUCCCGCACAUCCCUUUCGACUUCCAUGUGUGUGAGAUGGCGUUCCCCCGAGUAAAACCUGCUCCAGACGAGACCCUCUUCAGCGAAGCCCUCCUGAAACGCAACCAAGACCUGGCCCCCACCCCAACUGAACAGGCCUCUAUUCUCUCCCUUGUAACAAAGAUUAAUAACGUUAUUGACAACCUGAUUGUGGCCCCUGGAAACUUCGAAGUGCAAAUUGAAGAGGUGCGACAGGUGGGGUCCUACAAGAAAGGAACUAUGACCACAGGACACAACGUAGCAGAUCUGGUUGUCAUCCUUAAGAUCCUGCCCACACUGGAAGCUGUGUCUGCCCUGGGAAUGAAGGUUGUUGAGACUCUGAGAGCUCAAGACCCAGCUGAAGUGUUGACGAUGCUAACUAACGAGACUGGUUUCGAGAUCAGCUCUGCAGAUGCAACAGUGAAGAUCCUGAUCACCACCGUUCCCCCAAAUCUCCGAAAGCUGGACUCAGAGCUUCACUUGGACAUCAAAGUCCUUCACAGCGCUCUAGCAGCCAUCAGACACGCUCGCUGGUUUGAGGAGAAUGCCUCACAUUCCACAGUGAAGGUCCUGAUCCGUCUGCUGAAAGACUUGAGGAGCCGAUUCCCUGGGUUUGAGCCUCUAACCCCGUGGAUCUUGGACCUCCUGGGGCACUAUGCUGUAAUGAACAAUCCCUCCAGGCAGCCCCUGCCGGUGAACGUGGCGUACAGGCGCUGCCUACAGAUGCUGGCUGCCGGCCUCUUCCUUCCAGGAUCUGUAGGAAUCACCGACCCGUGUGAGAGCGGGAACUUCCGGGUCCACACAGUCAUGACUCUAGAGCAGCAGGACAUGGUGUGUUACACGGCUCAGACGCUGGUCCGAAUCCUGUCUCACGGAGGCUACAGGAAGAUUCUGGGGCUGGAGGGUGAUGCCAGCUCUCUUGCCUCUGAGAUGUCCACGUGGGAUGGUGUUAUUGUGACUCCCUCGGAGAAGGCAUACGAGAGGCCACCAGAGAAGAAGGAAGGAGAGGAGGAUGACAACCCAGAUAUUCCAGAAGGAGCCGAGGAGGAGGAAAAUAUGGAGACACAAGAGUAACCUGUGAAAAGGUGCUGUUGUUUUUGGACGCCUCCAGCUGGCCCGUGUGGCUCGGAUAAUAGGUCUAUUUCAGGACCGCUCAUCACCAAGUUUCUGUGUUCUUCCUUGUAAUGUGCUUUGUUUUAUAUACUGUAGCAACUGUUUUUUGAAUAUAAUAAAUGUUUAUUUCCCCUC